AUGUCCAACGCCAAUGUCCCGGAGGAGUCGAUGCUUCGUGCCGCAACACUUGCACACAACCAUGGAAUUGACCUGACCAAACUGCCGAAAACCCUCGACAUGACGGCGGAGACUAUCACUGAGAAUGUGCACGUUAUGAACCAAAACUGCCAAAACGAACGGUUGAAGUUCAUAUUCAAGCAUCUGAUUGACCACCUUCACGAUUUCGUGCGCGAGACUUCGUUGACUACCGAAGAAUGGAUGACUGCUUUGGAAUUCCUCACCAAGACUGGUCAAAAAUGUACUGACAUCCGCCAAGAGUUCAUUCUGCUCUCUGAUACCCUUGGAGUCUCAAGUCUUGUUGAUGACAUGAAUCACGCAAAGCCUCCUGGUGCGACGGAAGCCACGGUUCUCGGUCCAUUCUUCACUGACGACGCUCUGCACUUCGAGAAUGGUGAAAGCAUUGCUUCCGAAGGCAAAGGCGACUACAUGUGGGUCGAAGGACGAGUUCUAGACAUGGAAGGCAACCCCAUUCCCAAUGUUCUCAUCGAUACUUGGGAGACAGACGGCAAUGGGUUAUACGACAAUCAAUAUUCCCAACGUGGUGGCCCAGACUGUCGAGGACAAGUCACAACUACAAACAAAGGCGAAUUCAGCUUCCGUGCAGUUGUCCCUGUCUCGUAUCCCAUUCCAAGCGAUGGUCCGGUUGGAGGGCUGGUACAGGCUCUGGGGCGACAUGUUUUCCGUCCCGCGCAUCUACAUAUGAUGCUCCAGGCUGAUGGAUACGAGAAACUGGUCACUGCUCUUUACUUCAAGGGAGAUCCCUAUUUGUAUAGUGAUGUCGUGUUUGGGGUCAAAUCAAGUCUCGUUGUUCGCAUUUGA